AUGAUAUGUCGUUCAUUAUUUUGUCACAAAAUUUUAAAGCAAUCAACCAGAGUCAGGCUAUAUAGUACGGUUCUCGAUAAAACCAAAGCACCUCAAAUAACAACAAUUCGAAUAGACUUAAAUAAUUUGAAAAAAAGUAUUUCUGAUAAUCUCAUAUCUUCUAACAACGAUGAGGUAACAAAAUUUUUGCAAAAGGAAGAUAAUGACAAGACUCUGUUACCACCUUCAUUAAGGCAGGUGAGAACAAUCAUGGAUGUUCACAAGAAUAAUGUAGUUCUCACCCAGAUGGGAUCCUUCUACGAGUUAUACUUUGAGCAUGCAACACAGUAUGCCCCUAAAUUAAAUAUUUCUUUGACAAGUAAGAAAUACAGUUCUGGGAAGGUUCCUUUUGCUGGCUUUCCUUUGAGCCAAUUGAAUAGACAUUUAAAGGUGUUGGUGAACCAGCUCGGGUAUAGUGUUACUAUAGUGGAUCAAUUCCAGAAUCAUACACCUAUAGAUAACGAUCCAAAUAAGUUUUUCAGAAAGGUUUCGAGGAUAGUUACUCCAGGUACAUUUAUUGAUGAGGCUUUCGAAAAUUUUAGGGAAAAUUCAUACCUUUUAAAUAUUGAGUUCCCAUCUAAUUGUAUGAAUAAAUUAGCUGAUUCAAAUACAAAAAUUGGUCUUUGUUGGUGUGAUCUGUCCACUGGUGAAAUUUUCGUUCAAGAAGUGCAAUUAAAGGAUUUGAUAUCUGCGAUUACUAGGAUAAAACCAAAGGAGAUUAUCCUAAAUAGUAAAUUACUUGAAUUUAAUAUUGAAAAUGGCGAAUGGUAUCCUGAACUUGUUGAAUUAAAAAAAUAUUUUGUGAAGUUCCAAACUCUUCCAGCUCAAUAUCAUACUGUUGAUACUUUCUAUAAUUUAUUCUUUAGUGGAAAUAAUGAUUUUAUAAGGCGCCAAUUGGAUCAUAAACUAAGAUCAUUCACCCAAAAAGAGAUAGCCUCUUUAAGAAACAUCCUCGAAUACGUUCAGGAUCAUCUUCCAGAUUGUUCUGUUAAUUUUCAACUCCCUGAAAGACAAUCCACAACACGUAUAAUGCAAAUUGAUUCGAGGACCAAUUCGGCACUCGAGUUGCACUCUACAAUAAUGAACAACGGUAAAAGAGGCUCUUUACUAUCCACUAUUAGGAGAACUGUAACACCAUCUGGUACAAGGUUGUUGACAAACUGGUUAUCUGCACCUUCUUUAGAUUUGUCUGAAAUUACAGAAAGGCAAACUUUUGUAGGACUGUUCAAACGAAAUUUUUCUUUUAACAAUACGCUAAUAAGCCAACUCAGGGAAGUAAAUGAUUUAUCCCGAAUACUACAAAAAUUCAGCUUUGGUAAAGGGACUGCUAUUGAUUUGAUCCAAAUAUCAAAGUCCUUAAAAACUGCCUUUGGGAUAUCAAAAAUGAUGAUAGCUCUUAUGCCAACAUUAAGAAAGAAAGAACAAAUACUACUUCAAAAAUUAAUUGAUCAACUCACAUUCGAUACCACACUUAUAGAUAACAUUUUGGAAUCUAUUAAUGAGGAUAAAGUAAUUUCUCAAGAAAAAUCGCCUGAUACUGGUGAAGAUGUGGAGUCACAGAAUACAGACAAAAGUAUAUCAAACAGUGAAUCAAAGCGUGAUAUAUUAGAUACAAUUAUUCCUUCAGGAUAUUCUCCGCUAUUACAGAGGUAUCAUGAUGAGUAUUUUUUGAACCUUAAAAAGAAGGACACUUUUGAGAACAUCUGUUCUGAAUUCCUUAUCAAUACAUUUGGAAUUAGAAAAGCAACACUGAAACAAAGGCAAAAUAAUAGUUUUGCUUUAUUAGUUAAUGGAUCUCCAACCUCUCUAGUUAAACUGGAUAAUUGGGUAAAUGAAAAUAACGAAUUUAUGGAUGCUACGUUUCAUACGCUACAAAAAUCGAAUCAAACUCGUUGGUUAUCACAUUCUGAAUUAACGGAUAGGGCUUCUAGAAUAGAGUUAUCGUUAUUGAAAAUAAAGAAGGAGGAGGAUAAUGUAUUAAAUUCAUUCAAGACUCAAUUAUUAGAAAGAUGUAAUGAAAUUAGAAUAAUUAAUUCGACAUUGGCUUAUAUAGAUACAUUAUCUUCCUUUGCUAAAUUGGCAGAAGAAAAAAAUUUAAUUUGUCCAAAAGUUGAUAACAGUUUAGAGUUAAAAAUUAAUAAAGGAAGGCAUUUGAUGGUUGAAGAAGGUAUAACAAGCAAAUCGUUACAAAGAUUUGUUUCAAAUGAUUGUAAUUUGGAUCAAGGGGAUAUAUGGGUAAUAACCGGACCUAACAUGGGUGGUAAAUCAACAUUUUUAAGGCAAAACGCAAUAAUUGUCAUUUUAGCACAAAUUGGAUCUUAUGUUCCUUGUGAUAGUGCACAUAUUGGACUAGUAGAUAAAAUCUUUAGCCGUGUUGGUUCUGCAGAUGACCUUUAUAAUGAAUUGAGUACAUUUAUGGUAGAGAUGAUUGAAACAUCAUUUAUUCUUCAUGGUGCCACAAACAGAUCAUUGGCCAUAUUAGAUGAGAUAGGAAGAGGAACGAGUGGAAAGGAAGGUAUCAGUAUCGCUUAUGCUGCAAUGAAUUUCAUGGCAGAGCAGAACCAAUGUCGAACUUUGUUUGCAACUCACUUUGGCGAGGAGUUAAAUAAUUUAAUACAAAAAAGACCUGGUACGACCCUAAGUAAAAAAGUGAAAUUUUUCCAAAGUAAGAUGAUUGAAAUAGAUAGAAUUAAGUUUUACUACGAUUAUAGAAUGGUUCCAGGAAUCUGUACGAAAUCAGACGCCAUUAGAGUUGCAAGAUCGGCAGGUUUUCCUGAGAGUGUACUUGAAGAGGCCGAACAAAUCCUAACAGCAGGGAAGGACGGUAAUUAA